AUGCGACAUAUUCUCCUCCACCCUCAAUUGCGCGCGGCGCUUCCUAAAAGAGUCCAACGGGACUUGCGAAGUCAAAUAUGGGCUCGCUUCAAAUCCCAAGUCCCCCGACCCUCCAAGCGCCAUGAGCCAGCGACCCCAGAACCCAAAGAACUGAACUCAACAUCGGCACGAGUACCAAACCCGAGUCCUUCCAAAACAAACCUUAGAAGAGGGCCACCGGAACGUAUACUGGUUUACUAUGGAGGAACUGGCCGAGCCAUGUUCCUAGGCAUGCUACGGGUAUCUACCAUUCUUCUGUUUGGUGCUGCAUGUUUAAUCGUGGCACCAUCUUGUUACAACGAUGAGAAUGAAUGGUAUAUUACACCACUAGUGAUUGCCGGUGGUGCGAUGCCCAUGCUUUUUGUUGCUUUUACAUCAGCACCCUAUGUCAACUUUGUUCAUCUGGCUCUCCCUGCUUUUGCCCGGAGAUCCCGUGAAGCGGCAAUUCAUUAUGCUAAGGAUCUACCGCCAACAGCAAUCCUAUAUCUGAACACCAUGCGGUUCAACACUAUCCCUCGGACAAUUCAAGUGCGUGUUGGUGAUCUCAUACCAGACAAGCAUGGAUUGCGUCCAGUCGUCUUCCGCAAUACAAAGCCGGCUGAGAGGCCCUGGUGGAUGGGGAAACAUCCGACCCAGUUCUAUACCGGCGAUCACAGCCAACCUGGACGCCAGUCUUCGGCAUUCUAUCCUGAAGUUUGGCCAAGUAUCUUCCAGCGCAUCCAAGGCAAAACACCAGGGCCGAGCAAGCGUUAG